UCUAAGGUUUGACGUUUCUUACUUCUGAAACAUUGUUGAGUAAUUAUAAUUAUUUUAUUUAGAUAUGUAGAUGUAACAUCUCAUCAUAAUUACCACCAUUGAGCAUAAAUCAGAGAACUUAAAUUUGACUGUCAAUCGAAAUAGAAUUGGUAACACAAAGACAAGUGAAGAAAGUGUCUUUAUAUAUCAAUGUGAUUUGUCAAGAAAACAAACAAUAAUAACUAGCGUAUUGAAAGUAGUAUUAUGGCGGCAGUAAAAAAAAUUGACAACACUCACACAAGAAACCAAGAGAAACGAGAUAUGAUUAAUAAUGAACUCUCAUCUACAUCUAGCGAAGAAAACCAGAUCUCCGUGAAAGUUUAUAAAAAAAGGUAUAAAGACUCUACAUCAGACAACGAAAUGGACAGACGGCUACAACGAAACCACUAUAAGUCAAUGGGAAACAUAAAUGAAGGGUUCAGGGAAGGAAAGAGGAACAGUGCCGAGGGAUUCAGGGAAGGAAAGGGAUUUAGGGGAGGGAAAAGAAGUAGCAUCAGUGUGAGUAAUGUGGAUUUGAGCCUGCACAGUGAGGAGAUUAAGAAAUUUGAUCGAUUGCAAAUACCAAUUGUUGGAUACGAAGUUAUGGAAGAGCGCGCAAGAUUCACAAUAUACAAGUUAAAAGUGGAGGACGACUCUCGGGACCAGUCAUGGCUUGUUUUUCGGCGUUACACAGACUUUGUCCGCUUAUAUAACCGGAUACGAAGUGAACGACCGGAUAUCAUACUACCCCUACCAGGAAAACGUCUCUUUAGAGACAAUUUUGAGCCAGCGUUCCUCGAAGAGCGCGUGCGGGGCCUACAAGCAUUUAUCAAUUCCGUCCUAAAUAAGCUACCAAACGACUCGACAGUCCGUGAGUUUUUUUGCUUAGACGAACCACCUCAGGUUUUUACCUACCAACCAGAAGUACAAGCGGUAUAUGGAGCAUUGGAAGAUUCUAUAACUACCCUCAAAAUGCAGUUAAAGCAGAAAGAUGCAACUAUAAUGCAUUUACAAAAACAACUCGCUCAAAUAGAGGUCAAAGUAAAUGGGUGCCCAAACUGCUCCAAAGUACAAAUUUAGGUUAGAAUGGCUCAUACUCAUUGGGAAUAUUUAAUUUUUGUCAUUAUGCCAUAUUAAAGUUUCGGGUUAAUUCCGGUCCGAAGGACCAGGUAACAAGUAACAAACAGGGUUUCAAAUUAAUAUUAUAAGUUUAUAUAAAUAAUUACAUAUAUGUCAAAAUAAGAUUUUGCGAAUAGAAUCUCGAAUUGUUACGAGUUAAAAAAAAAUAAUAAGUCUACCCUAGUGAAUUUGAGCCUUAGAGUAUGCAUUUAUUUUAUAUUAUUAAUACAUUCGUGAAUAAUUUUUCAUUUUAUAGUUAGAACUCACCAAAAAAUUUAUAAUUUCGUGAUUUAUUUUUUUAAACAACAUAGUAAUGGUGCUAUAUAAGUAUUUUACGUGAUUCAUACGAUACUUUACGUUAUUUCAUUAAAAUAUGUAACUUAAUGUCCACUAUGUAUUGGUGGAUACCGGGUACCAUCCGGUGGAUAUUUACCAGCGCCAGAUAUAGCUCACUUGUUUGAUUGCUAUGUUUGGCACGAGACUUUGAAUAUGUAUUCAAAGAUUUGCGGUUACGGUUUUCAACGCUCAUUAAAACGUAUAAAGUUGUAAAUGCUUAGUCUGUCACACUCGCGCGCGUAUGGCAGUAUUGGUUCUAAAGACAAAAUCAAAAACUUUUCUGUAAAGCAUAUUUGCACUAUGCGUCAAUUUAUUUUUAAUCUGUAAAGAAUUCCGGCUCCGUCCAACGCCGAUGUAAGAUUAACCUUGAAAGAUAUGUCAAAAUACUGUUGACAGAAGAGUAUCAGUUCCAUCCAUUCAUAUGUCCCUGAAACUGGUCUAUGAAAAGUAGCAAUAUGGCCAUAUCAGAUGCAUUAAAAUGUGAUGCUUUUCUUUGUAUGUGCACAUUUAACAUUAGCUCGAAAGGUGAAGGAAAACAUCGUGAGGUGACCGGUUUGCCUUAGACCCAAAAAGUCGACGGCGUCCGUCAGGUACUGAAGCCUAUUCAAUUAUCAAAUGAUCAUGAAACAGAUACAGAAAUCUAAAACAGUUGUAGCCUCACUUUAUUUAUUCUUUAACAUAAAGAUAUUUCUGAUUCCUAUCAUUCAAAUAACACAUAAAAUUCACCUCAUAGUGGAUGUUAAGUUUGAAUGUUUGUACAAAUAUUGCUAGAAUAAGGUCAUACAAGUGGUCUUUAAACAGUUAAGUAUAUUAUUAAUUAAAUAUGUGAUUUAAAGUAUUUCUGUAUGAGUGGAAAAUAAUUUCGCUAGAUUUUGAUAUAACAAACAUAGAUUAAACUUAUUUAAAAGUGUUAAAAUACCGAAUCUAAUAAUAAUUUAAAUGGCCACGCCCAUAUCUUAUAUUUUUGUCUGGACUAAUAUAUAUACAGUGUUGUGAUAAAUAAACCUAUGUACAAGCAAUAAAGUGCCUUAUAUGUACAAUUUUAAUAUGGUUUAAAUGUAGUUUUAAGGUGUUAUAAAAAUAUUAUUACAAUAAUAAUUAAUUUGAUAGUAAUGGAAAACUUUAAGUGAUAUCUAUUUAGUAAGUUAUGGCAAAAGUAUGUUUAACACGCCUCGUUGCCGCUUGUCAAAUGAAUUGUUAGGUACAGAAAAUAUUGUCCGUAUUUCGUUACUUUAAUUAGUGUAUCUCUAUUCAUAUUAAUUGAUGAAUUUUCCAAAAUGUUUUGUAUUUAGCGUUUAUUGCAAUAAAAUUAUUUAAAACA